AUGCCCACCCCCGCGCCCGCCGAGGGCGACGCCGCGACGGCCAAGCUCGGCGUCUGGAAGCAGGCCCUCUACGAUCGAUGUCGCGAGUCUGGAACCGACAUGUUCUCCCAGGACGAUCUGUUGCGCCUCGAUGUCAUUCCAAACCGAGACCUCAUGCUGCUCGCCCGUGUCGUUCAAUCCCUCACAGACGACAAGCUUUUCAUCACCAUGCGCGAGGCCUCGGGCCAAGUGCUAUGGAAAUGGCGCGACUCUGAAGAAGCCCACAAGUAUAAGCAGUGCUCGACCGACGAACAGGUCAUGGUUUACUCUCUCAUCGACGACUCGGGCGGCGACGGUAUCUGGUCGCAGACGCUGCAGAAGCGACUGAACAUGCACGACUCGGUCCUCAAGAACGCACUCAAGCAACUCCAGACAAAGGGUCUGAUUGCGCCCUUCAAGAAUGUCGAGCACCCGAACAAAAAAAUGUUCAUCAAGGCCUCUAUACGACCCAGCGAUAGAGCUACCGGCGGCCCGUGGUACACCGAUCAGAACUUUGAUGAGGCCUUUAUUGAAGACCUACAGCGAGUUGUAUAUGACUUUAUCAAGCGUCAGAGCAGCUAUCACAGCACACACGGGGGAGGUGCUGCGCGGACGCAAGUUCCUAAGAAAGGUGUCGUGAAAGGUGGCGUGGAAAGGGGCAAGAAGCGAGAUGCUAGUCACAUAGAUGAGCCCCCAGCAAAAGCCACCAAGAUUUCUCCCACGGCGGCCGUGAAAAAGGACGCCCUACUUCCUCUUCCUGCUGGAUACACCGGCUAUCCGACCGUACGCGACAUCGCUCGUCUCCUCUCCUCAAGCGGCAUCACCCAUAACACCAUCCUUUCCGAGCACGACGUACAGAAGCUUGUCGACGUACUUGUCUGGGACAACCUCAUCGAGUCGGUCAAAGUUGCUGGGAAGGUUGGCUACCGCGUAUCUCGCAUUGCCAAGCAGUCUUUAGAAAGCUGGGCUGGUCGGGAUGAUCCUACAGGUCGUGAAGGCGGCCCCGAGCCUAUUAUCAGUGCCUUCACCGAAGCUCCCUGCGGCCGUUGUCCCGUGUUCGAGAUCUGCGAAGACGGUGGCCCUGUAGGUCCCAAUAACUGUGAAUAUUUCAAAAGGUGGCUGGGCGUUGAAUAG